CGCUUGUCGAGGUAGGUGGUGAUUGGGCAUGCGUAACACAUUUCCUAACCACCUUGGUUGAAGAUCUAUUACUUCAUCAAUCCAUUUGCCAUAUUUACCUAGUAUCCUAAUCUACGGAUUGUUUACGCGUUGGUCUUACAAUGCACGAGGAAUGCUUCUAAAAACAUGUGAUCGAAUGGUAUUAGCCUACGAAUAUCCUCUCUUCCUAAAUUCGUGUUUCACAAACAUGAGUGACAUCUCACCUAUGCUACAAGUGGUGUAAAUUGACAGAACUUAAUCGGGCUUUCUGAAUCCGUGCCGAGAUUUCAUUAGACACCAGCCCAUCAGAACUAAUGAGACUCGAUAUAGAUGAAUCGGUUGACACACUCAACUAUUUCACUCAAUGGUAAUUCAAACGUUGGAUCUCUCUGCAGACCUGGCUCCGAUUGUCUGUCAAAAUAAGCCUUAGCUAUUCGUGUAACAAACCCAAAAACCAUGAUCACAACUAGAGACCCGAAGGAGUUUGUUAACAGCAGUGACAACAUCGUGCAAAAAAUGUCCAAUUUCGCCAAUCUUACAAUCACUACAAAUGCAUCAAAAUUAAGAUCUGAGAAACGUUAUCCACUUGAUAUAACUUUAGGGCAACUGAAGGAGAAGCUAGUUUUAGUUACAGGUUGCGAUAAUCGUACAAUGAAAAUAGAGUUGUUUGAUAAAGAGGAUAAAUCCCUGGGUCAGCUAGUCGGUGAUGACAAAUCACUGUAUGAUCUCGGCGUUGAGGAUGGAACGCAUAUUCAUGUAACAGAUCCAACAAUACAAGAUGGGGCAUAUGACCAGGUUGAAGAACCUGUUGAAACUUACCAAAUGUCGGCUGAAGAGUAUGCAAAACGUGAAGAAUCAGUAUUGGCUUGGAAACGACGUAACAAACUUGGACAGUUCCAAGAAGUUGAUCCGGAGGAAAUAAAACGAGCAGAAGAACAACGUCGAUUGGCAGAACUUCAAGAAAAGCAAAACGCUGAGUCAUUAUCUGUAGGUUCUCGGUGUGAAGUUCGAGUUCCCGGUCAACCAACAAAGCGAGGUGUAAUAGAAUUCAUUGGACAAACCAAAUUUAAACCUGGUUAUUGGAUUGGAGUUCGUUAUGAUGAACCAUUAGGGCGAAACGAUGGCAGUAUUGAUGGAGUACGAUAUUUUCAAUGUCCAGAAAAGUAUGGUGCAUUCGUAAAGCCGCAAUAUGUUGAAGCUGGUAACUUUCCUGAACUCGGUAUCGAUGAUGUAGAUGAGAUUUAACUACUUCUGAUCUCUAAAUCAAUUAACUUGUAUAAAAAAUUAAAAUAUUUUUGUGCACUAAAAUGGAAAAUAUAUUAAGGCAUAAUAUAUAUCUGAUAGCCUUCAAUGUAUUAUUUGAAAAAAAAAAAGUAAUCUUGAUCGGUUCUAUUUAUUGUAUAUUUCUAACAUAGUUAUUUAUGACUAUGUAAUAAAUAAAACAGUUUCAUGGUAA